AUGGUUGAUACCGACAAUCAUCUCGUCGGGGUAAUUGACUGGGCAGAAGCUGAGAUCGGUCCCUUUGGGACAAAUUUUCACUCCCUUCAGCAAUUUAUGAGCAAAUACCGCCUCCGUGUGGGAUGGAUUCGCUAUGCAAACUAUGAAACCAUGGACCGCAUCUUUUGGGACUCCUUGUCUAAAAGUGCCGGAGGUCUCGAGCCCGAGACCAUUAAAACAAUCAAGGCGGCCAGAAUCAUUGGUCUUUUACGGUCCCAUGGAUUUACAAGUCGCCUGAAAAAUAGGCCAGAGCCAGAGCCCAUUCGAGAUGACGAAAGUGGAGCUUCCAAAAUGCUUGGGCUGGAUGGAACGCUUAUUGCCCCAGCGACAAAGCUUGUGGACUGA